AUGAUUAGAAGAUUGUAAUCAGAGCAAGAUAAUUUAAGAAUAAAAAGAGCAUUAAUGAGAUAGUAAAUCAAUUAAUCACAUCGAGUUGAUAGAGAAUUUGAGAUUGAUGAACGAUUUCAUUCAGUAUCUAUGUAUGUAAAACACAAUAAAGUUGAAAUGGAUGAUUGUGGAUAUUAUGAUCAAUAAAUAUGGAAGAGAUUAGAUAGAUUUGAUUAAGUAAUGCCAAAUUAAAGGAACAAUUGUUCAUGGGUGAUAUAUGAGGAUUAUUUAUAUAUUUUUGGUGGUUUUACGUUUAAUGGGAGAUUAGAUGAUGUUCAUAGAUAUUCAUUUAGUAAUAAUUAAUGGUAGCAUUUAAAUACAAAAGGAUAAAAACCAAGUGCUAGAGAAAAUAAUGGAGCAAUAGAAUAUAAAGGUUGUAUGUAUGUAUUUGGAGGAUGUGAUGGAUUAUUAUGGUUAAAUGAUUUUUAUUCAUUAAAUCUUAAGACACUUCAAUGGAAAAAAAUUGAACCUACUGGUUAAUGUCCUUCUGAGAGAUUUGGAAUAGCUUGUGGUGCUUAUUAAACUAAAAUGCUCAUUUUUGGAGGAUGUGAUGGUACUCAUUAUCUAAAUGAUGCUUAUGUAUGGGAUUUUGAAGAAUAAGUGUGGAAUAAAUUGUAAUUAAUUGGAGAUGUACCUUCUGCUCGUUCUUGCCCUUCUUUUAGUACAUUUAAUAAUUAAAUUUAUAUAUUUGGAGGGUUUGAUGGAGUUAAUAGAUUGAAUGACUUUUAUAAAAUUAAUAUCUUUACAGGAAAAGUAAAGAGAAUAAGUUAGCAUGGUACAAUUCCAUGUCCAAGAUAUGUAAUAUAUAAAUAUUAAUUAAUUAGUUUCAUACAUCAGAAGUUUAUUAAAAUAAAUUAUUAUUGUUUGGAGGAUUUAAUGGACAUUCAAGAUUGAAUGAUUUAUAUGAAUUUGAAUUUGGCAGUAAGACAUGGAAAAAACUAGAAGUUAAUGAACCUCCAAAAGGUAGAUCUUCUAUGGUUUUUUAAUUAUACAAUGACUCUCUUUAUGUUUUUGGUGGGUAUGAUGGAGAUGAAUUGUUAAGUGAUAUUUAUAAAUUGGAAUUUAAAAAUGCUUAAGUUCCUAGAUCUAGUUUUUUAUAGGAUCUAAGAUCUUUAAUAAAUAAUCCUUAGAUGAGUGAUGUUGUAUUCAUUGUAGAAGAUCACUAAAUUUAUGCUAAUAGAUGUAUUUUAGGAGCAAGAAGUGAACACUUCUAAACUCUAUUUUUUGAAGAAUUUAGAGACAAAGAUUAAAUUUACAUAGAAAUCACUGAAUGUAGUUAUCAGACUUUUAUGGAUAUGUUACAAUAUAUCUAUACAGAUUAGUUGGAUACUUAUUUAAACACCAAUAGACUUUUAAGUUUAAUAGUUUUAUCUGAUCAUUAUCUUAUGUAAAGGUUAAAAUAUUUAUGUGAAGAAUAAUUAAUAAAGAAAAUAAAUUGCAACAAUGUCAUUGAACUUAUAUUAUUUUCCAAAAAGUAAAAAUUAAUAUAUAAUUUUUAGAUAUAAUUGUAGAUUAUUAAGGGUAUAAACCAUGAAAUAGUUAGUAGAUAAUAUUUCAACAAUUAAAAAAAGAAAAGAUUUUAUAAAUUUAGCAUAAGAACCAGAAAUACUUUUAGAGAUCAUAUAAAAAAAAUGUUGA